CACUCCUAUAUAUUUGGGAAUUCACAAAUCAUACCCAACUUUUCCACCUAAAACCCCUGCUCUUUUUGUCUCCAAAACCCCUUUUCUUCCCACUCAGACGACCAUGAACGGCGCUUUCUUGAGGAGCGGCACCGGUACGGUCCCCCGUCUGUUCAGGCGGUACUCGCUCACCGACGUCCUCGGAGAAUCCGGUGGAGCCCUGGCGAGCUUUGUGUGCAGUCAAACGCCGUCCAGAGCUUACCUCCGCUUCCCUCAUUUCAUGAGGAAGGCCAGGGAUUGCGACUUCUCUCCGUCUCUGCUCUCGUCGGCUUUCUCUUCGUCUUCGUCGUCUUCGACGGCGGCGGCGGCGAAGGCAAAAGAGGUCGGGAUCAUCGGUUGGUACUUGGGGAUGGUCAAAUGCCGGCCGAUCCUCACCAAGAGCGUAACCUCCGCGCUUAUUUACACCGCCGCUGACUUGUCUUCUCAGAUAAUACCACAGCAAUCAUCUGAAUCUUACGACUUUGUGAGGACUUUACGUAUGGCUGGAUAUGGGCUGCUAGUUUUAGGACCGUCACUGCAUUAUUGGUUCAACUUCAUGUCGAGACUCUUCCCAAGACGCGAUUUACUCUCUACAUUGAAGAAGAUGGCCAUGGGACAGGGGAUAUAUGGCCCGGCAAUGACUGUUAUUUUCUUCUCCAUAAAUGCUCGUUUACAAGGUGAAACUGGUGCGGAAAUUGUUGCGCGGUUACAAAGAGACUUGCUCCCUACAAUGUUAAAUGGGGUUAUGUACUGGCCCGUAUGCGAUUUUAUUACAUUCAGGUUCAUCCCUGUUCAUCUACAGCCGUUGGUGAGCAAUUCAUUUUCAUAUCUGUGGACGGUUUAUAUGACAUACAUGGCAGGCCUAGAGAAGGCAAGCACAAUACCAGCUAAUUGACCAAAUGGACCAUUUAUUUUCCCCAACAUUCAAAUAAUUAAACUUUUCUGGAUGGUCCCUAAUGGAGAUUGCUCGUAUUUUCUACUGAAGAUACUUACUCUGCGCUUUUGGAGGAAAUGCUGCAAGAGCGUUAGUAACUUACAUUCAUCUCUGCUCCCCUUAAGAAAUGGUUUGACUGACAAUCGAUUUCUAGCUAACUUUCAGAAUUGUAGAACACUUUCUGCGAUCGUAUUGUUAUGGACUAAUAUGGCAAUAGGUUUCUGUUAGUAAAGCAAUGGAUUGAAUUUGUUGAACACGCUUUUGAAGAGUACAUUAUAACGAUAAAUUCUUUAUCAUACAUUUUCCUGCGCAGUGCGCAGCUUACUUUUCUUUA